AUGGGGUACGACAGUCACAAUACUUACCCCACAUUCAAGCCCAUCGAUCAUAUUUAUGACGACAGACUUCGUCAGUUUACAAACACCGGCGGCCAAUACCCCAGCUUAAAUCUCCCCAAAUUCUAUGACUUACAGCGUCAAGAAUUGUCAAACUUGCAAUCUUAUCGCGUUCCCGACAUUGACGGCAAAACACAACGUCCCUUGUUCAAGGAUAUCGAUUUUGCAAACGUUGAAUGGGAAAAUAUUGGGUUGGGUUACAGUUUUGGACCCAGUUGGAAAACAUUUUGGGUCAAAUUUGAAUUGGAAAUACCCAAGGACUGGUUGAAAUACGAGAGAUUGGAAAUAGACUGGGACUCGAGUUCGGAAGCCUUGAUAUACAACUCCAAAGGCUUACCAUUACAAGCAUUUACCGGUGGCGGACAAAGAAACUUGUUUGAAAUCCCCAAACUGUAUAGAACUACAGAAAAGCAAGUGUUUUAUAUAGAAGUAGCUUGUAAUGGUAUGUUUGGAAAUGGUGCAGAGGGCGAGCCCGAUCCAAAUAGAUAUUUCAGACUAAACAAGGCCCACUUGGUGGCACCCAACAUGGAGGCAAGAAGGUUAUUCUGGGAUUUCUGGAUAAUUGGUGAUGCUGCAAGAGAGUUUCCAGCAGGUCGUGUUGAAAAAUACCAAGCUGCUGAUACUGCUACAAGGAUCAUGAAUGCUUUUGACCCUGAAAAUGUUGAAUCCAUUACAAAGUGCAGAGAAAUUGCCAAAGAAUACCUUGGUAAAAACGUUGACUCAGAAGCAGUAUUUGAGGAGAAGAAAAAAAUCAACAUUUUUGGUGUUGGUAAUUGCCACAUCGAUACCGCUUGGGAAUGGCCAUUUGCUGAAACAAAGAGAAAAAUUGUCCGGUCUUGGACCACACAGUUGAAACUUGCUGAUCAAUACCCUGAGUAUGUGUUUGUUGCUUCUCAAAUGCAACAAUUCAAGUGGCUUAAACAAGCACAGCCAGAGAUUUUGGAAAAAAUACAUCAAAAAUUCAACACAAACCAAUUUAUACCCUUGGGCGGAUCCUGGGUGGAAAAUGAUACAAACUUGCCUAAUGGCGAGUCGUUGAUUAGACAAUUUGUGUUGGGUCAAAGGUAUCUUCUCAAUGAGUUUGGAUUCCAAUCGAAUAUCUAUUGGCUACCAGAUACAUUUGGAUACAGCUCACAGAUUCCACAGAUUUGUCAAAUCUCUGGCGUCGACCGUUUCUUGACUCAGAAAUUGUCGUGGAACAACAUCAACACUUUCCCCUUGAGCACUUUUAAUUGGAAAGGUUUGGAUGGUUCACAAGUGUUGGUUCAUAUGCCUCCAGAUAACACAUACACUGCAGAAGCUAAUUUCGGUGAUGUGGUCAGAUCGCAACUGCAACACAAGAAUAUGAGAGAUGUGCCAACGGGACUUUUGCUUUAUGGCCACGGUGAUGGUGGCGGUGGUCCAACCGAGGAUAUGAUUGAAAAAUUGCGGAGAUGCAGAGGCGUAAGUAACGAGCAAGGCUUGUUGCCAUCAGUAGAGCUUGGGGUUACCAUUGAUGAGUUUUAUGACCACAUUUUGGAGCAAUCCAAUGACGGCAAGAAUUUACCCACAUGGACUGGCGAAAUUUACUUGGAAUUUCACCGUGGUACAUAUACCGUGCAAGCACAAAUUAAAAAGUACAUGAGGUUGGGUGAAAUAAAGCUCCAUGAUUUGGAGUUUAUUGCUGGAUUAAUUAGUUUGACUAAUUCACAAUACAAAUACCCUAAGCAAGAGAUCCAGGACCUUUGGGAGGACUUGUGUUUGUGCCAGUUCCAUGAUGUGUUGCCUGGAAGUUGUAUAGGAAUGGUUUAUUAUGAGGAAGUUUACCCAAUGCUUGGUUCACUUUUGGAAAAAGCCGAUAAAUUGAUCUACAAGGCUUUUGAAUCAUUAAAGAAACCAAAGACAAAAGAAAUAAGAAUGUUGAAUACAUUGGCACACGAUAGAUCUGAUGAAGUGAUUGAACUUGAUGCAUCGACUCAACCAGAACUUGUUAAUGCUUUACAAAAAAGUGGUCAUAAAUUGCACAACAACAAAGUAAAAAUAAAUGUAUCGACUGUUAAAGGCGAGACGAAAAUUCAUAAAAAAGUUAAAUACCCUUCAAAAAUUGAGACAACUAGUGAAGGUUUUACGCUUUCAAAUGGUUUACUUGUUGCCAAGAUCUCAAACACAGGUAUUGUUACUUCCCUCUACGACACCAUUGCUCAAAGAGAAGUCAUUGACACCACGGAAAAUGCACAAACCAAGCAAGAGGGAACCAAGUUUGUUGGCGGUAACCAAUUCAUUUUGUUUGAUGAUGAGCCUUUAAACUUUCCUGCUUGGGAUACGGAACUUUACUCGUUGGAGAAGUUCAAGCUCAUUAACGCAACAAAAGCGGAAAUCUUGUCUGAAGAUCCGCUUGAGUCAUCGAUUCUUGUGACCCACCAGAUCUCGCCACAAUCACACGUUGAAACCGUUAUCUCACUUGCCGGGCUCAAUGACCCCAAGAGCAACAAUAACUUUUUGAAAUUUGCCUCAACAGUUGAAUGGCACGAGACGUACAAAUUCCUCAAAGUACAAUUUCCUACAACGAUCAACUCUGCGUUGGAGGCAAGUUACGAAACUCAAUUUGGUAUCACACGUCGACCAACACAUUUCAACACCACAUGGGAUACUGCCAAAUUUGAAGUUUGCCACCAUAAAUUCAUGGAUUUGAGUGAAUACAACUAUGGUGUAUCGGUGCUUAAUAAUGGUAAAUAUGGUGGUGCCAUUCAUGGUAAUUUGAUUCGCUUAUCGUUAUUGCGUAGCGCCAAAGCACCUGACAACAAGGCAGAUAUUGGAGUCCACAAAUUUGAAUACGCAAUCUUCCCUCACAGGGGCCCACUCUCAUUAGCAACGGUUAAGGCAGGUUACAAUUUCAACUACAAAUUAAUUCCUACUACACAAGAUAUUUCUGGGUUCAACAAUGCUAUCAAAUUUGAAGGGGUUGGCAAGAGAAGCUCAUUAGUUUUGAGCCACAUCAAACGCGGUGAAGACGAUUUCGAUGUCAAUACUUAUGAAAACAUUGCCAAAGAGAAUGCUCAGUAUGGCAAAGUGGGUAAGGACGAAAAGUCAGUCGUUGUGCGAGUAUAUGAAGCAUUGGGAGGUGUAUCACGUGGUAAGUUGACUAUCGAUGAGAACAUUUUGCCUGUGAAGAAAGUCCUUAAAGUGAAUGCAUUGGAAAAUGAAGUCGUCGGAGAAGUUAAAGUUGGAAAAGGCGGUGUAGUUGAUAUUGAGUUGAAAGCAUUUGAAAUUGCAACAUACAAGAUAUUGCUCAAAUAA